AUGUAUCGACGGAGAAGCUUGUCGAGUUUGACCCAUUCAGCCUUGCUCAUCAUGGACACUUCGUCGAUGAGCAGCAGAUCAAGUGGCGCGAAUUUUUUCAUUUUUAUGGCGUGUUCCAGCCGUACCAGAAAACUUGCAAGCGUUCGCCCACUGAUCAGCGUGGCCGCCUUUCCAGUCAAUGCUGUUUUGACAAGGGAGUUGGUGCGGUGCCAACCGGAGCAAAAUGCACUGACGGCAUCGACGACACGACUCUUGCCGGUGCCACCGGCCCCACCGAGGAACAUGAGUAGCUGGUCGUCUCGUAGUCGCGACGCGAAGUCGUGA